AUGGAUCUGCUCUCUGUUUCAGUUCUGCUGCUCCUCUGUGUCUGUUGCAUCCUCCUCGCCUUGACAUGGGGGCGCAAAGAGGGCAGAGGCCUCCGCCUGCCCCCGGGGCCCACCCCACUGCCCAUCCUGGGGAAUUUUUUCCAACUGGACCGAAAGGAUAUCGUCAAGUCCCUGGUGAAGAUGAGCGAGGUGUACGGCCCGGUGUUCACCGUCUACCUGGGGCUGCGGCGGGUCGUGGUCUUGUGCAGCUACAAAGUGGUGAAGGAGGCCCUGGUGGACCAGGCAGAAGAAUUCAGUGGCCGCGGGCAGAUCCCGUCCUUCUCCAAGGAUUUCAAUGAACAUGGCGUUGUGUUCGCCCACGGUGAUCGGUGGAGGCUGCUUCGCAGGUUCUCUCUCAGCACCUUGCGGAAUUUCGGGAUGGGGAAACGAUCCAUCGAGGAGCGAAUCCAAGAGGAGGCCCGGUGCCUGGUAGAGGAGCUCCAUGGAACGGAAGGAAAACCCUUUGACCCCACCUUCAUUGUCAGUCGUGCUGUCUCCAACAUCAUCUGCUCCAUCGUGUUUGGGAAUCGCUUUGAGUACAAUGACGAGAAAUUCCUCCGGCUGAACAAGCUGAUCACAGAGCGGUUCCGCGUCACCAGCACACCUCAGGCUGCGCUGUACAAUAUCUUCCCGGAGAUCAUGGAGAAGAUCCCUGGAACGCACCAUGCAGGCAGCAGAUGCUCCCAGGCGAUUAUCAGCUUCAUCAGGGAAAGGAUCAAGAUGCAGCAGGCCUCGCUGGAUCCCAGCGCCCCGCAGAAUUACAUCGACUGUUUCUUAGUGAAGAUGGAGGAGGAGAAACACAACCCGUGUUCUGAAUUUUGCAUGGAGAAUUUGAUCAUGUCCACAUUCAAUUUAUUCUUUGCUGGGACAGAGACAAUCGGUACCACCCUGAGAUGUGGAUUCCUCAUCUUGCUGAAGUACCCGGAGAUACAAGAAAAACUCCAUGAGGAAAUUGAUCGGGUGAUCGGGCAAGAUCGAAUCCCAACCUGCGAGGACAGGAAUAAAAUGCCCUAUAUGGAGGCUGUGCUGCAUGAGAUCCAGAGAUUCAGCGACAUCCUACCCAUGAACCUUCCACACGCUGUGACACGAGACACCCUGUUCAGGGGAUACGUCAUCCCUAAGGGGACCUACAUCUAUCCUAUGCUCAGCACCGUGCACUACGACCCGGAGCAGCACUCCAACCCCGAGGAGUUUGAUCCCGGGAGAUUCCUGGACAGCCACGGCCGCUUUCAGAAGCUGGACGCCUUCAUGCCCUUCUCAGCAGGGAAGCGCAUGUGCCUGGGCGAGGGAAUGGCACGCAUGGAGCUCUUCCUCUUCUUCACCACCGUCCUGCAGAACUUCACCCUCACUUCCCUGGUGCCCCCGGGUGAGAUCAGCCUGGCGCCAGCUGUCAGCAGCUUCACCAAGCUGCCUGGCCAAUACCAGCUCUCGAUGAUCCCACGCCGAAGCUGAUCUCUCCGCUCCUAUGGUUUGGUCACCAAGAGAGUCCCAAUUCUCUCUCCUAACCUGGUUGAAGCGCCAUUGCUUUCCUUCUGCCCCCACCGCCUGUCACAUCUGGUGGGUUGCCAUUCUCCCAAGGGGCUUCAGCUUUCCAGCAAUGAAUGUUCAGGACUACACUUCCCAGCAUUCCCAGCGAGUGGCGAGGGGGAUGACUCUUACCUGACUUUAAUGCUAGUCUAUGUAUGUUAUAUACAUUAAGACUGCAAUCCUAUACACACUUAACUGGGAAUAAGUGCCAUUGGGCUCAGUGGGCGUUCUUCUGAUUACCUUUGACUAGGAGUGUGCUGGAAAUCAGUUGAGGGGGGUUUCAUACUAGGAAGAAAAGGUCUUUUAAAACAAGGUAGACUUGGCAACACUGCACAUUCCUACCAGACGCUACUUACUUCUGGCAACGAGGUGCCCCUAUUUUUCCUCCUUUGGGGAGUGCACUUCAGUACCACUAUAAAGCAGUCGUGUAGAGCUUGCAGUGCACUUCAGUACCACUAUAAAGCAGUCGUGUGGCUCCUGCCUUUUAUAUACCGGUUUCAUAGUGCAAUAUCUUGCUUGGUGUCGCUGAGCCCAGUUUCUAACAGAGUUAGUUGCUUGUUUGCUACUCCUGUUCAGAGCCUUGGAGUGCCAGUUUCCAAAACUGUGAAAUUAUGAUUUUAAGUACAGUCAUUCUCUGCAAUUGGCAAUUUAGAAUGUCAGAAUGCCUGUUUCCUUUACAUCCUUGUCAAGAAAUUAACACACUAUAUUGAAUCAAAUGAAAAUAAAG